UCUAACUUGCUCGGAACUGUCAACAGAUCUAUUCAUCCAGCCACGUUCUUGGCUUCUGACAGACACUUUGCGAAGUAAACAAUCCUCCAAAAUCAAGCAAACAUGGGGAGCACAUCCCCUACCUUUAAGCUACCUCUUGUUUAAAAGGCAUUGUGUGAAGAAGACAUUAGAUUUGGUGCUACAAACCCUGGCAAGAAAAGAGAAAUAACCUAGAGAUGGCAAGAAAGAGGGUGUCUCGGAACUGGUUCGACAGAGUUCGGAGAAAGUUUCUCCGUUCAUCUCAUAGAAACAUCAUUCUCAAUUCCAAAGCUUGCUCAAGUCACAGUGACGAGAUCACAGAAGCAGGCGAUUAUGAGGUCUUCAAUAGCAUAGCUUCACCACCUUCGAAGAGAGAACUCGCCAUAGAAGAUAUAGCAGCAAUCACAAUUCAAGCAAAUUUCAGGGGACACCUUGCGAGGCGGGCAUUCCGGGCACUCAGGAGCCUGGUGAAAUUGCAAGCGUUGGCUCGAGGGGUGCAUGUGAGGAAGCAAUCACGCAUAGCCCUGCAGUGCAUGCACGCGCUCGUCCGGUUGCAGGUCCGUAUUCGUGCGAGGCAGCUCCUCGGCCAGUGCAAUGAUAACUGAUGCAUCAUAUAAUAUCUAGAGUCAAAUUAUAUCACUAAACAAUUCACGGAAAGCAUUUCAUAUCCCGUGUUACAUUAACACUGUAAUUUGAUGGCUUCCUUCCCUUUUAUUUACUUAAUAUACCCAUCUGAAUAAAUUUCUUGGCGGA